AUGGAUUCCUUUCAAGUCCUCGACUCCCGCGAGGAAGACGAGCUUCACAAAUCGCGUCUGCUCAAUGUCGAAGAAAAGCCCUUUAAACGCAUCACCAAACGCCUCCUCGCGCCCGGCUCCCUCAUCGUCACGCCCAGCAAGCCGCUCACUCCUCCCCCGGAGAGCGGCUCAGAAAACAACGCGCAGGAAGCCUUCCGCCAGCACGACCUCGAUCUGCGGCGCCAGUUCCGCGAGGACGUCGAGUUCGACUUUGCGGCGUUUAAUUACAGCAUCUCGCGCAUCCAGUUCCUGCUCAACAGCAACGAGCGUGAGCGCGAGAGAUACAAAGCCGACAAGCAGCGCAUCUUGGACACGGCUCAGGCGGUGAGAGAAAACACUGUGCAAUUACGGGUACAGCUUGAAGAGGCCAAGGCCAGCUUAGAGCAGCGAAAGCAAUUUGAUAAGCAUGCGGAGAAGAUCACCAAUAACAUGCUAUUGAAGCCAAGAGAUGUGCAGGCGGACAACCUGGCGAAGCUGGAGGCGGGGUGUGAGGAGGAGAGAAGGGAGAGCGAGCAAUACGGUGUUAUCUGGAGAGAGCGGCGCGCGCAAUUUGAGAAGAUUAUCAAGGAGGGGAAAUCGUUGAGGGCGCUGAUCAGGGACGAAGCCGAUGAGGUUGAGAGGAAGGAUGGGCUAAAGGAGACUGAAGGGGACGAGGGCGCUGACGAUGGAGCUUCUCGGGGGGCUGUCACGCCGAAGCAUAGUGAGAAUGCUACGCCAAGUGUUGACGAGCUGGGGCAGAGCAGUGAGGCAGGCCUGAAGCCGAAAUCGAUGACUUCGGGGAGCCUGUCGAGACCAGGAAGCAGGACGACUAGUCGGGCUCAAUCGCCUACUGGGUCCGAACGCCGUGUAGAAGCUGGGGAUGGCGAAGAUGCGAAUAUGACGGAUUCAGGCUCCAAGGUGGAUGCUGCCGAUGUUGCUGAUACGCCCAUGACGGAGGCUGUAGAGUCACAGACGCAGGUCGAGACUCCACAAGUUACCAUUGAAGAGCCUGCCGAGGAUAUGGUAGAAGCUAUAGAGGAAGGAGAGGCAGCUGAAGACAAAAUGGACACCACAUAG